CUCUCAGCAUGCACGACAAGAUGUACGCAUGGGCGUUUGUGGCCAUCAUCGCUACCGCAACCGCCCUGCCAGUGACCCCGGCCGCGGUGGGAAGUUUUGAGCCAGUCAACCCGUGCGACACGCAGUGCACAUACAAGGGGCUGCCCAAAACGUGCGCAGAGCGCAUCACUUUUUGCGAGAGCAAAGGGAACGGCACCAAGUGUAGCCCCGAGUGCGGGGAGAAGUGCACUCGUGACCAGGCGCUGCAGAUCGUCAACAAGCAGUGCGACGGCCAGUGCAGCUGCAACAACCAGGACCUCGCCAGGCUCGUGCACGCCAGUCUGGCUCCUGCGGUCGACCAGGCAAAGACGCAAAACACCAGGAACCUCGACCAUGCGAUGAAGUCCCUGCCGGCCCUCUCUGCCGCCGUCACUCAGCUGAGGCUGGCCGCGGUAGGAGAGCCAGUCGACCCGUGCGACACGCAGUGCACAUACCAGGGGCAGGCCAAAACGUGCGCAGAGCGCAUCCGCUUUUGCGAGAGCGAAGGGAACGGCGACAAGUGCAGCCCCGAUUGCGGGGAGACGUGCACGCACGAGCAGGCGCUGCAGAUCGUCAACAAGCAGUGCGACGGCCAGUGCAGCUGCAACAAAGACUUGCGCAUUUCAGCCUCUUCUGCUGGGCACUCUUGCUACGUCAAGCACUGCGCCCCAGGUCCCAACAGGGCCUUCUGGUGUAGCCGAGAGAGCCAGUUCACCGGCAGGGCUGGGUGCGAGCUGGGUCCGAGAGAAUGUGCGCAAUGCGACGGCAUCUGGUCGCCUCCGCCGCCAUCAGCCUCACUCAAGAUUGAGCCCAAGGACUGCGUGCCGGACGGCGAGGACGCAUACGACCCCAAGUACGGGGCGCACGGCAUUUGCUGCUC